CAGCAACGAUACACAGGUUUGAUUGUUUUCUUGCGGCUCCUGGAGUGCAUCACGCAAUGUAGUGGAGUCGACUGGCGAUAUUUUGUGUAAAAUUUGGUGUAAACUAGUAGCCCACCUCGAACCCGAUCGAUCUCAAAAUGGGCAACAAUGGCAAUCUGUCCAAGGCGGAACUGUUCAUACAGAAUCUGAAUGCCAACAAUGCGAAAAAGCUUGCCUUUGCUAUGGUGCUAGGGUUCGUCGUGUAUCACGCCUUUCUUCAUAUGCGCUAUGGAUCGGAUUCGUGCAAGUGGCUGCUCAGUGCUGGCCGGUUCAAAGGGGACAAGGAAUGGCAACCGUACGGGUGCAUGCUGCACAAGUAUACUGAAACUGACACACGAAAAUGCCUACGGUAUCUAGCGUUUUGGGGCAAUCAGAACCAUUUCGUGCUCAUUGGCGACGAGCGGCUUCGAUCUCUGUCGCUAGAAUUCAUCGACUAUCUCCGAUCGAGCGAAACGGAAAACAACUCCAAGCAGUCCUCGAACACGAAACACACGGAGAACGUUCAAUUUACCGACUACAAGCUACGCCUUCGGGUGGAGUACAUUUACGCCAACGAGGUAUCGAAAAGCUUGAUCGAUGAGUUCAUCAAAUGGGAACAUGAGGAGGAUCCGCCGAGCUUGAUCAUUGCCAGCUGCACCUAUCCCAGCUUCCAGCGCGGCAACGUCACGGAAGACAUACAGAAAGCGUAUGAAAAGAACCUAACGCGUCUGGUGUCGCCGAUCGAUCGGUUGUAUGCGAAGAAAACGAAAAUUAUCUGGAAACUGCAAGAUCCCGUCGAUCAGGAAAGUUCCCCGGAGGAGUGGAAACAUGUGCGCAACGAGGAUGUGGAUCGCAUCAAUCAAGCGGCAAGCAAUAUAUUGCUCUACUCGGAAGCGAAAAUCUGGUCUUCGUCGAACAUGAUCGCUUCCGGGUUGGUGGAUGAGUUUGCUGAUGGGCAGAAGCUUAGCACGCUGACGCUAAAGCACGAUGUACAGAUUUUGCUGAAUAUGUACUGUAACGAUUACAUGAACUAUAACGAUGGAACGUGCUGCAGCAGCGCGGAACCGUACACGAUCAUACAGGUUACAACGUACGCCUUUUUAGCCGUUUGCGCAAGCAUUGCGACCGCCAUGUACGUGCGGAAGUGGAUCGUUAAGUGGCGCGGCAUACAUACUUACAUGCCGCUUAACCAGCCCACCGCCACCGACACACAGUCGCCACUGGCGGCCCUUGCCUCACUCGCAGUGAUCAUGACCUAUUUCUACCUUUGCGACCGAACCAACUUUUUCAUGAAGGAAAACAAAUACUACUCCGAGUUUAGCUUCUGGAUUCCGGUCGGGUAUGUGUUUGCGCUCGGGCUGUUCUUUACCGAGGACAGCAAGCUCACGAAAGUGCUGCACCGCGAUCAAACGGACGAGCUGAAGGGCUGGAUGCAGAUAGUGAUUCUUAUUUACUACAUGACCGGAGCGUCCCACAUUCUACCGAUCUACAUGCACAUCAAGGUGCUGAUCAGUGGCUUUUUGUUUCUGUCCGGUUACGCACACUUCACCUACUGGUGGCAAACCGGAAAUGCCGGGUUGGUACGGUUUCUGAACGUCAUGUUCCGGGUGAACUUUCUCACCGUCAUCCUGUGCCUGUGCAUGAACCGACCGUACCAGUUCUAUUUCUUCGUGCCGCUACUCUCGUUCUGGUACAGCAUCAUGUACUUGAUGCUCUCGCUGCCGCCCCGUAUUACCGCCCAAAUAGCGGAAGCAAAUCCGUACCAGUAUCUGUACGUGGUGGUGAAGUUCAUCACGAUGCUGGCGACCGUAACGGUGCUCUACAUGAGCGAAGUGUUCUUCGAGCGCAUCUUCGUUACCCGACCGUGGAAGGCACUGUUCGUCACGACGGACGACGAUAUCCACGAGUGGUGGUACCGCUGGAAGCUGGAUCGGUACACAAUCACGUACGGGAUGAUUUUUGCGGCCAUCUUCCAAAUAUCGCAACGGUAUGCCGUGGUGGACGAUAACAACCAUGGCAAUUUGUUCUCGAAGCGAAUCUCGCUGACGUCUACGCUGGCGGCCAUCACCGGCAUCGGGUGCUACAUGACGUGGACCUUUUUCUGCCGCAAUCGGCAAGACUGUGAGGAGGUGCACUCGUACGUGGUGUUCAUACCGAUCGUGGGAUACAUUCUGCUGCGCAACAUUUCCGGCAUUCUACGGACCCGGUACUCGACGUUUUUUGCCUGGUUUGGCAAGAUUUCGCUAGAGCUGUUUCUGUGCCAGUACCACAUCUGGCUGGCGGCCGAUCGGAACGGUGUUCUGGUCCUGUUGCCCGGCUUUCCGACGCUUAACGUGCUGAUCACGUCCUUCAUCUUCGUGUGUGUAUCGCACGAGAUUCAUCGCGUGACGAGCGUGCUGCUGCCGUACGCGGUACCGAACGACUGGAAGCUCGCCCUCAGGAAUAUUGUGUUCUUUGUGAUCCUGCUCAUACCGCUGGGCCGAUAUGACGGAAUGUUUUGAAAUGGGCGAACGAUAUUUUUAGAGAACAAAGCCACCCUGCCGCAGCGCACACCAAACGAUUAACAACACUACUAGCGUAGUUAGCUGUCUAGAGGUAAAGUAAAAUAAAAUUAAACGCUUGAUGCAACGCUUAUGAUA